UGUGGUGACACUGACAGAAUCCUUUCUUCUUUUCUUUUCCUUUUCGUUUUCCCCUUUUCCUUAAUUUGGUCCGACUUGCUUCUCUUCAUUUAUGCCCUUUCAAUGCACAAAAACAUUCAGAGAACAACAACCUUCUGAAAAGCAAAUCGUGCAGAUUCUGGGCGAUGGUAGACAGUGGUUCCUUGAUGGAUGCUCUCUGCUUUUUCUCUUUUCUUUUUCUCUUUCUUUGUUGAUGCUUUGCUUCUCUUCUCUUCUCACUGGGUGGUUGAAAACACAAAAACACAUGGAAACGACAAAACUUCAGAAAAAAAAUCACCAAUCAUGGUUCGUUACCACAUGUUUGUUCACGAUACCCAUGCCAUUGUUUGGCACUCCCAAAAACUUCCAUUAAAAGUGCCUUAGCUAGCCAAAAUGAACAGAUAGUUCGCCAAACAUGCCCACAUGACAGCGUGACAUGG